AUGGUGCAGGUUCCCACGAAGAAACUUAACAACGGAGCUGAGAUUCCUGUGCUGGGCUUCGGCAUAGGCACGGUCUGGUACAAGCCCGACCGGUUCUCCGCGUUCAACCCAGACGUGGUGAGCAUCGUCAAGGAGGCUAUCAAGGCGGGCUACAGGCACAUAGACACCGCAGAGGGCUAUGGCACCGAGGCUGAACUGCGUGAGGCGAUCCGGGAGUCCGGCGUUCCCCGCCAGGACUUGUUCAUCACCACCAAGGUCAUCCACUCCCUCGCGGAGGGUAAGAUCGAGGACCUCACUGCGGCCUUUGACAAGACCCUCGAGAGACUGGGAACGGACUACGUCGACCUAUACAUCCUCCACAGCCCUUACAUCAAAGACAACAAGUAUGUCGAGUCCGACGUAGCCGCAGCUUGGAAGAUCCUAGAGUCCAUCCAGCGCGCCGGCAAGGCCAAGUCCAUCGCCGUGUCCAACUUCCGCCGCCACCACAUCGAGAACCUCCUCAAGACGGCCGAGAUCCGCCCUGUCGCCAACCAGAUCCAGUUCAACCCGUACCUGCAGGGCGCCCCCUCCUACGCCGCCUGGCUGCAGGAGUCCCAGGGCAUCGCCGUCCAGACCUACAUGGGGCUGGCGCCCCUGACCUGGCUCAAGGGUAACCACCUCGACGCCAAGCUCGCCGAGCUCGCCGCCAAGUACGGCGUCAGCGAGGCCACCGUGCUGAUCCGCUGGCAGCUGGAUCUGGGGGCUAUUGUGCUCAACACCACCAAGAAGCCUGAGCGGAUGCACGAGUUCUUCUCAGCGCUGGACCUGCAGCUGAGCGCCGAGGACAGGGAGGAGAUCACGCGGAUUGGACAGUCGCAUCACAUCAGGAUCCCUGUGGGUGCGCUGUACGAUGGUGAUGAGGUGGGGCCUUAUGAGUAG